AUUAUAAUACAAAAAAAAUAUAGUAUGGCUUCUCACCUCGGUUGAUUGAUUUUUGAUCGAUCCGCGGCAUCAGCAAAACGUGCAUCCCCACCAAUCUUGUCUUCCGGAUCUUGCCUCCCACCUUCCUCUCUCUCUCUCUCUCUCUCUUCAUCCAAGAAUCGCCCAUGGCUAUCUCUACUCUAUAUAUUGCCCAUCACCACCACCCACUGCAACCGGCUGUUAAUUCGUUCCCCUUCUUAAUUCAGUUCUUCAAGCUUUGCAUAUAUAUAAACACACAUUCUGAUCCAUCUCACUCUCUCUAGCUUGUUAAUUUCACACUCUCUUACUAGCUAGCUAACCAUUAGUAUCAUCAAUCAGAGAGUGUAGUAGUAGCUAAGCUAGCUACUGACCAUCGAUCGAGAUGGGUUCUUGGGUUCGCACCAUCACGUCGCCAUUCAGGAAGGCACGCACCAUCCUCAACCAGCAGGCGACCAACACCAGCGGCAGCAUCGACGAGCAUCAUCAUCGCCACCGCGCCAAGAAGCCGCGCCGCCACUCCUCCUCCUCCUCCGCCGCCGGCACGCCGUCGUCGUCGUCGUCGUCGUCGACGACGACGGCGACGCGCACCGGCGGCGACGUGGAGGAGGAGGUGGUGAUGAGGAGGUCGUCGCAGCUGUACGGCGACGUGAUGGCGUGCGCCUACGAGGACGUCCAGGUCAUGUGGUCUAUGCUCGACAACAAGUCCAGGCUCUGCGCCGCCGCCGCCGCCGCCACCUCCUGACGCCGGCCGGCCGGCCGCCAUUGACCGGCGAUCCAUCCAUCCAUCCAUUGCAUGGAGAUCGAGAUGGGGAUCGAGUACAUACAGCCAUUGCACCAUCGUUGCAAAUUUGCAGAGAAAUGCAGCAGCAUUAGUAGUUUACUAGUACUAGUCCAUUUCAUUGUUUUGAUUUUCCAUGUUGAUUUGUGUGAUCGAUCGAUCGGUCCAUGGUCGAGUCUGAAUCCCCAUUUUUACCGGCAAAGCACCUCUGAAUGCAUGUGCGGUGCUUAAGCUGGAUUAAUGGAGAGAUUUAAUUUAAUUUAACUUGAGCUUCAAUUCACAACUUCCAACUACACUUGUGCUACCAUAGCAUCUACUAUCAGAUUCUUUUUCUUUUCUUUAGAGAGAGGGAGAGAGGGAGCAUCUAUCAGAUUCUUGGUUAAUUAUUGUUUUCGAGGCAGCCAUGUUCUCUGCUCCCUUUUUUUCCCCCUUUUUCUCGUCUCUCCUCUUUCGGUUUAGAGAUAAUGUAUUCCUGCAUCAUCCGAUCCAUGAAUUAAAUUACUAUAUACUUCUUUUUUUUUAA